UCUUAAAUUAUAGCAAGUUAGUCAAGAUGACUACUGAUGAGGUGCCGUUUGACAAGUCCGCCUUUCUGGAGGCGUACUUGAUGAAGCAUCGUGAGCUGGGCAAGCGUCAACGCGAAUACAAAAAGUUGCUCUCAAGCAAACUAAAGACACGCAAUGAAACCAUCGUGGAUGCCAGCUAUGAAUACACCAUAGAGCGGCUGGAGGAAGAGAAGGAUGAUUUGAGAGCGCAGAUUUGGGUGGCCAGUGGCAAGACGCAUAUGCGCAAAGCGGAGCGUUUUCUGCGUCAGAUAAGUUGCCAUGUGGAGUGCCAGGAGAAUCUGGGUGAUGACAUAUCCAAGCUGAAGACAUCGAUUACCAAUAUGGAGCGUGAAAUUAGUCGCGUAAAUAAGCAAAUCUAUCAUUUGAAUCGUCUAACUGUGCCGGAGCAGCAGCAUCAGGCGCAUGUGGCCAAGGUGCGCAAGAAGAUGAACAUACUGGAGAAUGCGCUGGAGGUGGGCGUGCGUCAGGAGUGCGGCUUUACAGCUGCCAAUGCGGAGCUGCGUGAGCAGCUCAUACGCAUACUCAACCAUCGCACAUUCUUCAAUGAUUCGUACACCAAAAUGGUGCAGAAGCUGAACAGCGACAAAAAGUAUCUCAUAGAUUUGAUUGAAUAUGCACUAAACACCUUUGAUGGCUGCAUUGAUGUCUACGAAAAGAUUGACAAGAUUACCAAGCGCGAGGCCAAGGAGCGCGAUCUGCGCCGCACUGAGCUGCAGGGCAUCAUGCGCAAGGUGGCCGCUGAUGCGGAUAAUACCGCCUUUCUGGAGUGCAAGGGCAGAGAUCGCGUGCUGGCUGAUCUGCAGCCCAAGGAGUACAGACGACGCGACGAAUUCCGACGCAAGCACAACAAGAAAAUCAAUUUGUAUAAUUCAGUGCUGCAGAAAAUACUCGACUACACCAACUCUAAUAAUGUGGAGGAGGUAAUUGAAAAGUUCCAGGAGCAGGAGAGCCUCUACUACUCGUUCUUCAAUUAUGCCAAUGAAAUGAGCUACCACAUUACGCUGCUGAACAAUUCAGUGAAUCGUUUGUUUGAGGAUAUUAUAGCGCUGAAGCGCGACAAUGCCAACACUCUGCAGGAUCAGCUGGAUCUGAUUGCUCAACUAGAAGAACAGGUGCGCAAGAAGCAAGAGUCCAAUCUAGCGCUGCAUAGCACACGCGAAAGCAAUGACACGCGCCUCGAGAAUCUGCUGCAAGGCGUCGAAAUGAUUUGCGACAUGUGCGCCGUGGACACAACGCCGCUGAAUCUAUUGCUAGGCGAUCAUACGCAUGUGAAUCUGGUGAAUGUGGAACGCUUUCUAAAGCUGCUGGAAACACGCGUGCUGGAUGUAGUCGCCAGCGUGUAUGUGUUCGAGCGCCAGGACGAGGGCAACGUGGACUAUGUAGUCAAGCAGAUUGAAAAGAUCUGCGAGCUGCCCACCGACCUCAAUGACAUUGUGCUCACCCAGCAGUGUCCCGAGUGCGCUGAGGGCGAAGCCUUCAACAUGGACGAUGGCGGCGAUGGCGUCGCCAUACACACCGUCAAGGAGGCCAAGCAGAAGCUCUACGAGAAGAUCACACAGCCCGAAAUGCAGUAUCGCCUGCAUAGCAUCAGUCAGUGCCGCUUGCCACGCUCCCGCAUGCUGGCGGCCAAACGAAAUAUGUAAAGCAAAGCAAAGCAGAUUAAAAUUAAAGCAUUUAAAUAGUUUA